AUGUUCGCAGAGGCUGAUAGCUUUCCGAGAUCCAAGUUUGGAAACAUUAUGCAUUCCGAUCCUAACAUGUCCAUACCUGGUUCUGGGAGUGAAGAUGAUUUGUACGUGCGGUAUAGCAGCGCAUCCACUUCCGGUCCUGCCUACGAAGCCCAUAGGACGAGUCUAGAAGGCUCGCCCAUAACCAUGUCACCGUGGAACCAAACCACUUCUUUCAUGAAACCUUCAACUGCCAUUUCCGAUAAUGAUGUUCCAGCUAACAGCCUCAUCGGCUCGCUUACACGUGAAGAGGGUCAUAUUUAUUCCUUGGCAGCCACAAAGGAUCUCCUUUACACCGGCUCCGAUAGUAAGAACAUUCGCGUGUGGAAGAAUCUAAAAGAAUUUACGGGAUUCAAAUCUAACAGUGGAUUGGUUAAGGCCAUUGUGAUAUCUGGCGAAAAGAUUUUUACCGGCCAUCAAGAUGGGAAGAUUCGCGUUUGGAAAAUCUCUCCUAAGGACCCUAGCAUUUAUAAACGAGCUGGAACUUUGCCCACUCUCAAAGACGUCCUUAAAAGCUCCAUUAAACCCAGCAAUUAUGUGGAAGUGAAGCAUAAGCGGGCUCUAUGGAUCAAACACGCAGAUGCGGUGUCGUGUUUGAGCCUGAACGUGGAACAAGGUCUUCUUUACUCUGCUUCAUGGGAUAGGACAUUCAAAGUCUGGAGAAUUUCAGAUUCCAAAUGCCUUGAAUCGAUUCGUGCACACGAUGACGCUGUUAACUCUGUGGUUUCGACCAUGAGUGGAAUGGUUUUCACUGGCUCCGCUGAUGGUACCGUUAAAGUGUGGAAAAGGGAACAACAGCGGAAAGGAGCGAAGCAUGUGUUGUCCCAAACUCUUUUACAACAAGAUUCUGCAGUUACGGCAUUAGCAAUCAACACCCAGGGUUCAGUUCUGUACUGUGGCUCCAGUGACGGUUUGGUCAAUUUCUGGGAAGUUGAAAAGCAAUUAUCCCACGGCGGGGUCCUAAAAGGGCACAAGCAGGCGGUUCUUUGCCUUGAGGCUACUGAGAAUUUGAUGUUUAGCGGAUCGGCUGAUAAGAAUAUAUGCGUUUGGAGGAAGGACGGCAACAUCCACACAUGCCUCUCGGUGCUGACGGGGCACAUGGGGCCUGUCAAGUGCUUGGCUGUGGAAAAGAACCAAGAAUCCAGGAGCGAGCAGCGGUGGAUCGUGUACAGUGGAAGCCUUGAUAAUUCGGUCAAGGUAUGGAGCGUUGAGGAGUUUGCCCAGAUAGGAGCGACCAACAAGAACCAGCAACAUGCCUGUUUCGAAUUCGAUUCUGAGUCUGCCCCAUUCGCAUCUGAUGAGACCGCCUCUUCCACCAGCUCAAGCAGCCAGAGUAGGUGGCACUGACCCACAAUGUUUUGAUGCCACGUGUAAUUCUCAGCAAAAAAACUUAUUAAGAUUCACCACGUGGAACAUUAAGGAGAUACAGGAUUCUCUGUAUGAUGCCACGUGUAGAAGAGAGAUGGGAGAGAUCGUUCAUUUUGUGUUUUUUGUAUGGGUAAUAGUCU